AUGUUCAAGUACCGGAUCCGCAUGUUUUUCAAUGAACUGAAGGUCCUGGUGUUUAUGCGAUCCGACUCGAGACAGGCGGACCCAGAGAGACGCUCCACCAGCACCAGCACCAUGCGCGGGCUGGGGAUGGGCGGCUGCGGCUGGCCCCCGUUCGUCGACUGCCAUUCCCGGGACGACGAGGAGGAGUACUACGGCAGCGACCCGCGGCCCCGGAGCCUGGCGUUCGAGGACAAGGAGCCCAAGCUGCAAGUGGACGCGGUGUCUCUGGCCAGCACGACCAGCAGCCAGCGGACCCCCCAGUGCCGGAUCUGCUUCCAGGGCCCAGAGCAGGGGGAGCUGCUGAGCCCCUGCCGCUGUGACGGCUCGGUGCGCUGCACCCACCAGCCCUGCCUCAUCCGCUGGAUCAGCGAGCGGGGCUCCUGGAGCUGUGAGCUGUGCUACUUCAAGUACCAGGUCCUGGCCAUCAGCACCAAGAACCCUCUGCAGUGGCAGGCCAUUUCUCUGACCGUGAUCGAGAAGGUGCAGAUAGCCGCCAUCAUCCUGGGUUCCCUGUUCCUCAUCGCCAGCAUCUCCUGGCUCAUCUGGUCCUCCCUCAGCCCCUCGGCCAAGUGGCAGCGCCAGGACCUGCUCUUCCAGAUCUGCUACGGCAUGUACGGCUUCAUGGACAUCGUCUGCAUAGGCCUCAUCAUCCACGAGGGAUCCUCGGUGUAUCGGAUCUUCAAACGAUGGCAGGCUGUUAAUCAGCAGUGGAAAGUUCUGAACUAUGAGAAAUCCAAGGACUUGGGCGACCCGCUGAGCUCCAGCAAGUCGGCGAACCGCGGCUCUCGGGGGAACCCUCACGGCCUGGCCAGCAGCAGCGGCGGGCGACAGAGCAGGAGGCUAAGAACUAUUCUGAACCACCACUGUGGCUACACCAUCCUGCACAUCCUGAGCCAGCUGAGGCCCCACGACCCGCGGAUCAGCGCCGCCGCCAGCCGGGAGGUGGUGAUGAGGGUCACCACGGUGUGA